GGGAGGGACAGAGUUCAGAUGGAAUGCAGUUGAAAUCAGCCAGCGUGUAGAAUUGCCGUCAAUUAUUAGGUGUUGUGGAAUAAAAUUGCGUUUGUUAAAAAAAAGGAAAAUAAUGUAAUUCCAUAUGAUUUGAGUCAGAUCGUAGUGUUUCGCUGGACGCGUCGAAAUUUCUCGAUCAGUAUCAGUAUAACAGAUUAGGUGCAUAUGUGUAAGUGAAUUUAAAUGUAAUAUGUGGAAAUGGUAUAAAGUUAUGGCUGUCAAGACACCUAUUUCUUUCUUAGAUGGAGAAGAAAAUGUCUCAUUCAGCGAGUAAAUGUACGUUUCUUUCAUAAUGCUACCGUGGCGUUGUCACAAAGAGGAACACGUUUGGUGACUACAAAAAUAUGAAGGCAAACGGAAGGAGAUACAAAUCUUUCAAAUGAUAAAAGAAAAGGAAAUCCACAGAAAUGGACAAGUUCAGCUUUAGAAAAAAAAGAGGUCGCCGAUAAGUGUCCCGAUACUUUUAGGCAGCAGUACUAGCAGUGGUGCUUAUUACAAGGAGUGACCCUGCUCCCGUUUCGGAAAGCGAGUUACAGGGCGGUCAAGUUCGAAGUCAGCGGAGAUGAUGUACUCAUCCCGGAGAAAGCCUGUGCUUUAUUUCAAAGAAGACAGACGGUUCCUGGCCAGGAAGUGCAACGUCUUCAAGCUGUUCUGCCUGUGUCUGGUGGUGGUCCUGGGCUCGCUGCUGUGGCUGCAGCUCAGCUGCUCCGGAGACAUGGGCAGGCCGGGGCUGGAGGAGGGCGCCCUGCCCCGCCAGCCCUGCCCGCCGGACCGGCCGGCGCCCCCCGCCGACGACCCCUCCUGGGGUCCGCACAAGCUGGCCGUCCUCGUCCCGUUCAGGGAGCGCUUCGAGGAGCUGCUGGUCUUCGUGCCCUACAUGCACGCCUUCCUCAACAAGAAGAGGAUCCGCCACAAGAUCCUGGUCAUCAACCAGGUGGACCACUACCGGUAAGACCGUCUGGGCACUGAUCCGGGGCCGGGGCCCGUCAGGAUUGCGGCGGGCACCGGGCCUGAACUCGUGUCCGAGGGUUUCGCCUCUGUACCGCGGGGCCGCGCGGAGCAGGAAGUGUGUGGGGUGGAUCCCGGAGGAGCUCCGGCUCGGAGCCCCGGGGAGACGGCCCCGCUCGGACCGCCAUCCCCCGCGGUGGGCUGGGGUCCCGGUCCGGCUGGUGCAGUCACGGCCCGAACUCGCCCGACGAGCGCCGGGUUCGAGCGCCGGCUUUUACCCCUCCCGGUUUUUCCCUUUCAGUGCAACGGGAUGUCGAACAGGUUCUGGGGAUGGGGCAGGGAGGAUGACGAGUUCUACAGACGUCUGAAAAUGGCAGGGCUACAGCUUUUCCGCCCGAGCGGAAUAACCACGGGGUACGAGACAUUCCGGCACAUCCACGACCCCGCCUGGAGGAAGCGGGACCAGAAGAGAGUGGCGGCGCAGAAGCAGGUAGGCGCGGCCGUGCCGUGCGGUGCAGCGCCCCGAGCGGCCACUAGGUGUCGGGCAGGCGCAAGAGCAGCCUGCGAGCUGCGCUUGAGGUGAAUUGAACAGGGCGAGAGGCGCUGCACACUGGCCCUUGCUGGUUAAGGCGACCGGAGAGCGAGAGCGAUGGGGAACGUUAUCUGUCCAGACAGGGAGUCACAGGGAAAACUUGGAAGGCAUGCAUCAGUUCAGAGAGGGAUUAAAUUAAAAGGUGAAAGAAACCCACGCACUCCUGUUUUUAGUCCACCAAUAUCAAGCAGCAUCACAACAAAG